AUGCCGCACUACCUGCUGGAGUGCUGCUCCAAUGGUCGGCUGGCGGCUGCUGCUGGUCAGAUGGAGGCUGCUGCUGGACGGCUGGUCGACGCGACGAUGCCAGAAGUGGAAGUGGGAAAGCGGAAAGACCCGUCUUUUUAUUUUGGAAUCAAUUACCUUAGUUGGGUGGAUUUAUGUGAGCUCGACAGGGAAAACUUGCAGUUAUUAAGGCAGCGUUACUACUAUGCUACAUGGAAGGCUGAUGGGACAUGGAAUAUGAUGCUGAUCAUGAUGGAUGGUUGUUUCUUAAUUGAUAGGCAUUUCAACUUCCGGAGGGUUCAGAUGAGAUUUCCUUGCAGACACACUAAUGAAGGUUUAGCUGAAAAGACCCACCACUUCACUUUACUUGAUGGAGAGAUGGUAAUUGAUACUUUGCCCAACACACAAAAGCAGGAAAGGAGAUACCUAAUUUAUGAUAUGAUGGCCCUGAACCAUGUAUCUGUCAUCGAGCGACCCUUUUAUGAACGGUGGAGAAUGAUCGACAAAGAAGUGAUUGGUCCAAGGAAUUAUGAACGUCAACAUAUAUACCAGAGUAGAAACCCUUACUAUAGAUAUGAGUUGGAGCCUUUCAGGGUGAGGAGGAAGGAUUUUUUUCUGCUCUCUACUGUCACAAAACUUCUCAAAGAAUUUAUCCCAAAGCUUUCACAUGAAGCUGAUGGUCUUAUUUUUCAGGGUUGGGAUGAUCCUUAUGUUCCUCGCACGCAUGAGGGUCUGUUGAAGUGGAAAUACCCUGAAAUGAACUCGGUUGACUUUCUGUUUGAGGUUGCAUUCUGCUCUCCUAGUGAAUAGAGCUGUUGCUAUUUCCUCCUUAUCCUUUUGGUUUCUUAUUAUUGUUAUGCUCCUACACCUUACCUGUCAAUAUCAUUUAUUUCCAUGCU